AGAAGCCAAGAGUUCGGCAGUGAACAGGCAGGUAGAACUGGUGGAGUAGACGCCUGAGCGGACAUGUGGCUACUGGAGAAGCUACGCAGCAAAAUAGAGAGCAGUGGGACACAAUCUCAGCCCCCGCAGACCACUGAGGCCAUUCCUGUUUCUGUAUACGCUAAUGUGCUCACUCCCGAAAAGAUUCCAGAUUUCUUCAUCCCCCCCAAACUCAUCUGCUGCCCACCGGAGGAGUCGGGAAGCCCCAAGCCUCAGCACUGCUCUGCCUUGCGACCUUCCUCUUCCGAUCACGUCAUCUGCGUCCAGAGCCCCAGAGCUCGCAGCAGCAAAAACCCCCGCAGCCCUCGGCUUUUUUCCCGUUUCGGAGGGGACACACGCAGCCUGCAAAAGUCGGCGAACCGUCACAUCAUCCAGAUAGAAAGUGCAGACGACCCGGCCACCGGGACUUCGGACACCAACACGAAUGCAGACCCUCAAUCGCAGAGCGCAAUGUCUCUGCCUUAUGUCCCCAAAGCCCAGACCUCCUAUGGCUUUUCCACCCUAAUGGAGUCUCCCCAUACCCGGCGCAAGGAAAGCUUGUUCCACAGUGGCCCCAGCAGCCCUCUAACCUCCCCAAACUCCCAGAGGCGCUCCCAAGGGGGGACUCAUCUGGCCCCGGCCGACACCAACCCCUACCGCUACUUCAGCGGUGGAGAGACUGACACCUGCUCGUCAGCGGAGUCGUCCCCGUUUAACUCUCCCCUGCUGUCCCGCUCGGCUUCUCUCCUGAGGUCCAUCACACAGGAGACGCAAGCCAAGGUAUCUCGUGCCAAGCGCUCCCUGGCCCGCCACAGCUCUCUUUCCACAGAUGAUUGCAGCUCUGCCGACAACAGCCCCAACAUGCAACGCCGCCGUACGCGUUGUCCUAGCUCUCCCGCUGUCCGCAAAUGCAAGAGCGGCGGCUUGAGGGGUAUGACGUCUGACCCCCUGCCGCGUGAGCACACCGUCAAUCUACACAAGGGCGGGACACUCAGACUUAGCACGCACUACGACCCAGAGGCGGCACGGCUGAGGGUUCGCGUUCUGGCGGCGGAGUCCAUUUAUGGCAAGCAGACAGACAUUAAAAGCAUCAACUGCUGUGUGGCGCUCUAUCUAAAACCCGGCAAGAAGCAGAAACAAAGAAGCACUAUUAUAAAGAACAGCCGGAAUCCUGUUUUCAACGAGGACUUUUUUUUUGACUCGUUGCCUCAGGCGCAAGUCAAAGGUCUCGCCAUGAAGAUAAAGGUAGUGAACAAGGGAACCAGUCUGAAGAGAGACAUGCUUCUUGGAGAGCGAGAAGUGCUGCUUAGUGAGCUGCUCGCAGGCCUGUAGGGAAUCCCUGUCACGACUUUGGUGGAAAAACAAGCAGCCCUUCAUCUUCAAAGCCCUUCCUUU